GGACUCGUCUGAAAUCAUUUCAGGACUGAAGUAUCUGAUGCGCUCUCGUUCAAAACGUUCUCUGAAUAGACAGCAAUGUUUUGCCUCAUUUUAUUAUCUCUUUUUAUUUGCAUGUCUCCUCAAAGCAAUGCGAAACCAGAGAAACACUCCCUGCACUACAAGUAUACAGUCCUGACCAAAGCAGGUCCAUUUCCAGCGUUCAGUGCUGUGGGUGAGUCUGAUCACAUACAGAUCGCUCGCUACCGAACUGAAGAACAGAUCUGGAUGAGAGGGAAUCUGACUGAAGACGCCUGGAACGAAGCUCCUGGAGCACCGGCUGAAACUAAAGAUGGGUAUCUAGAUCUGAUCAGGAUUCUGUCCAACUGCUCUGAGUGUUCUGAGUUGCAUGUGCUCCAGAGAAUAAGUGGCUGUGAGCUGGAGAAACUCCCUGAUGGAGCAGUGAUCAGUCUGAAGGCCUUUGAUGAGUUUGCAUACGAUGGAAAGGAUUUUAUUAGCUGUAAGUAUAACUUUUUCCCGUGGAUGGAUAAAGUCAUAGAAACCGAAAUGAAUCAUCAAACUGGACGAAACCCAUUUCUCAAGGACUUCCUCAUAAACUGCACUAAGUGGAUCUCCACGUUUAACAACACAUAUAAGAAUUCACCAGAUGUUGGUGUGUUUGCGAGGAAAGCUCCUGAUGAUCACAGUAAGCUGGUUCUGAUCUGUCUGGUCACUGGUUUCUACCCCAGAGAUAUUGAGAUGAACAUCAGAUUGGACAGAACUGCACUUGGGAACCAAAUAUUUUCUGAAAUCAGACCCAAUGAUGACGGAUCCUUUCAGAUGAGAUCCAGUGUGAAGAUCGACAGAAACCACAGAGGAUCUUAUGACUGUUUUGUCAAUCACAACAGUCUGACAGAACCAGUUUCAGCAGAAUGGGAUGGGAAAUGUCUCGACUGUGAUCCAGAUUCUCCGCAGGCUGUUACAGCAGGAGUCGCAGCAGCAGCGCUGUUUCUAAUCGCUCUCAUUGUGAUUGGUUACUGCAUCUGCAAAAAGAAAUCAUCCAGUGCUGAGUUAUAAAUAUUCAGCAUGAUCACGGUUGCAUUAAACCUCUAAAUAUCCUUGUUGUAAAGUUUUGAUAAUAUGUUGUAUCUUUUCUAGGUCCGUGAAGUUACCAGUGGGAUAUAUAAGAUGAGAAGUUAUGAUUUUACAUUGAUAUUUAAUCAUUUAGCAGACGCUUAUCCAAUGCGACUUACAAAUGAGGACAAUAGAAGCAAUCCAAACAGCAAAAGAGCAAUAUUGUGUUUUGACAAGUCUCGGUCAGUCUAACACGGUACACGAAGCAAUAUAUUUAUAUAUAUAUAUAUUUCUUAAGUAGAUAGAAUAGAAAAAGAAUAGGGAACACUAGUGUUAGAGGGACAAUUUUUAUUAUUGUG